CCGGACACGAGCAUGGUUGCACAAGACUAAACCUUACAUUGGCAUAGUAAAUUGAUUAUUACGUCAUAUCUUUACAAAUACAUUAUCAAUUCAGAUAUCAGUUAUACCAUACCAAUCUCAGAUAGUACGACAUUGAACCGCGAACGAACAAAAUGUGGCCACUCAUAAUAAUCUUAUUUUCGAAUAUUUUAAUAGCAACGUCAACAAACUAUGAAAAAGUGCUCAAAGAAAGAAGCAAUCUUAUAGAAAAGGAACUAAAAAUGAUGGUAGGCCACUCAAUCGAACUAAGUGAUAGUGAAUUGAAAGCUAACGAAAUAAUAAUGAACCUUAAACGUGAAGAAAUAGAAAACGGUUUUGUGUAUCCUAAGAAUUAUAAUCUAUCGAAGCAUUUCUUCGAAUAUAAGGAGCUGGUGAAGGAUACUAAAUUGUACAAGGUGCUGAAGAGUAUGCCUAAGGGUGCAGUUCUCCAUGGACACGACACAGCUAUUCUUGGUCCAGAUUACGUGCUUGAAUUAACUUACGAUGACAACCUGUGGAUAUGUUUCGACGAAGAUGAAUCGGACGUAUCUUUUAUUUUUUCCAAACACAGUCCAACUGGAUUCUGUGAAACCGAAUGGGAAAAAGCAAAUGAUAUAAGAAGGUAUAAUAAUGUUACAGAAUUCGAUGCAACGCUCCGAAAAUUCUUCACCCUUGUGAUUGAUAAUCCCCAAGAAGUUUACACCGAUGUGAAUACAGUUUGGGAAGAAUUCCAGAAGUAUUUUAUUCGAACAAGCCCUCUGUUCACUUAUAAACCAGUAUGGGAGAAGUAUUAUUACAACACAUUACUCGCUUUAAGAAAUGACAACAUCAUGUACCUUGAGAUCAGAAGUGUUUUGCCACCAUUGUACGAUUUGAAAGGUAACAUUUAUAACUCUGUAGAAACAGCUAAAAGUUACAAGAAAGUGACGGAAAAAUUCAAGAAAGAUUAUCCAGAUUUCUUCGGUGCAAAAUUGAUUUAUGCACCCCUCAAAUUAGUCGAUAGAGAAACUUUAAGAAGUUACAUUAAAAUAGCCAGAGAAAUUCAUGAGCUGAUGCCUGAAUUCCUUGUGGGUUUUGACUUAGUAGGUCAAGAGGAUUUGGGAGUGCCGUUAAAGGAAUUCCUUCCUGAUCUAGCAAAUAUUGGUCUAGACUUGUAUUUGCAUGCAGGAGAAACGAACUGGUACGGUACAAGUUCAGAUGAGAACUUAUUUGAUGCUAUUGCUCUUGGAACGAAGAGGAUUGGACAUGCAUUUGCUUUGGUGAAGCAUCCUUUACUAAUGGAGGAAGUUAAAAAGAGAAAGAUAGCUUUAGAAGUCAACGUUGUGUCAAAUGUUGUUUUGAAGUUAGUUGAUGAUGUUAGAAACCAUCCAUUAGCUACGUAUUUGAGUCAAGAUAUGCCUGUAGUUCUAUCGAGCGACGAUCCAGGAGCUUGGGAAGCUGAACCUCUGACUCAUGAUUUUUACGUCACCUUCGUAGGUGUUUCAAGUAGACAUGCAGAUCUUAAAAUGUUAAAGCAGUUGGCUUUGAAUUCUCUUUACUAUAGCUCUUAUAAUGAAAAGGAUAAAUUGGUACAUGAAUUUCAAAUCCGUUGGACGAAGUUUAUUGAUUCGAUUGUUAAAGAUAAAUGGGAUCAUAUUUAGAAUCUCACCGUUUCUGUGCUAUCU